AUGCGUUUACGUGUGCAGGCGGCACAGAGAGCGUUGGAGGCUGCCGAGAGACGCCGGAGGCUCGCUGCAAACAUCGCUCCUGAGACACCGGGUCCAGGAACAGAUGCGGGCGGUGGCAAAAGGACUCGGCCGAUGAAGGAUAUCACAGUUAACGAGACCCCGACUUGCAAGACGCCGAAUCCAAAGCAUAGCAAAAACACCGAAUGUGCCACGACCCCUGCUGUGGAUCCGAAGCAGCAGACUCCUGUGGUGAACACUCCGAACCAGCAGACCCCUGUGGUGAACACUCCGAACAAGAAGCUUUUCGCCACGCCGGCCAGAGAAUUGCACAAUGAUCUGAUGGCCUCGACUCUAGCUGACACCCUGGUGGAUGAUGGUGCCGAAGCUAUCGAGCUGCAACAAAAGAUUGAUGCGGAUCUCGCGAAUCUCAGCUUGGAGGACGACGCCAAGACCCCGCAGUCCAGCAACCUUGGCUCGGGGCCGACCGCAGUACAGGUUGAGGGAUCUGCGGUCACUGACAAUGCUGCUUCUGCCCUCAUGGCUAAAGAACUGGAGGUUCAGCAGGCUGUAGCACAGCAAGGCAGCACUCAGCAAGCACCGCAGGGCAGCACUGAGAAAGCACCGCAGGGCAGCAGUGAGAAAGCACCGCAGGGCAGCAGUGAGAAAGCACCGCAGAGCAGCAGUGGGGGAGCACCGACGCCGCAACCUAGUGUGGCACCGGCGUCGCAGGCCAUGGAUAACUAUCUAGACUCGGUCUAUGCCAAAAGCCAUCGCUGCGACUCCAAGUCCCCGCCCGGAAUGAGAAACGCAGCACCGCAGGAGAUGGAGGUCGAGCCAAAAGCCCCCCAAGCGCCGCAGCCGCCAAAGCCGAUCACGGGAACCUCGAACCAAGGAACACCUAUGGAGGUCGAGCCAAAAGCCCCCCAAGAGCCACAGACCCCAAAGCCGAUCACGGGAACCUCGAACCAAGGAGUCGAGCCAAAAGGCCCCCAAGAGCCACAGCUGCCAAAGCCGAUCACGGGAACCUCGAACCAAGGAGCUAUGGAGGUCGAGCCAACAGCCCCCCAAAAGCCACAGCUGCCAGAGCCGAUCGCAGGAGCCCCGAACAUCGCACAAGCAUCAGCAGCGCAGCAGCAACAGCAGCAGCAAGAGAUGCAGCAGAUGCCUCCACCUUCCCAAGUUCCCGUGAAAAUGCAAACUGAAUCCAUUCCUGCCUUGCCCCCUAGCAGUGCUCCCUCAACCCCUGGCCCCAGUGAUGUUGACGACGAUCCAGAACUUAGUGCUCUUGCAGAUGUGGCACACCAGCUGAAGGAAGCUGCCCGGAAGACCAGGAUGCGGUUCUUGCGAUCCUUCGAAAGCACCCCGCGGCAAUGCAAGAAGUGCCCAGCGGUUGUUCUCGAACAAUGGAACAAGGCAACGAACUCUGGCGGGCCCCGAGAUCCUGGAGCAGUCGAUCGCUUGUUUCGCGAGUACAUUAUGGCUGGCGAGUCGUGGGGAUGCUCGCGGGUGGUUGCGGUGCACAAAAUCGUCAGCUCGUACUCGGCCGAAGGCGUCUACGUCUGGAUUAACAGACAGGACUAG